GCGCUAGGUUUUUGGUUUAUUAGCCAACAUGGCAAAACAAAUGCAUACAUCUGCGUUUUUUAAAAUGUUAGUUUUAAAUAAAAAUGCAAGAUAAUGUACGUUGCUUAAGCGAUUAACAGCUACCGAGGCCGUAGUUUUUUUUUUAAUCAAAUCACCACUCUAUUUGUGAUCAUUAUUCGUAUUUUGUAUAGUUAGCUGACACGAGUACACGCCUGAAAGUAAAUUGUUGGAGGGCGCCACCUGACAAGCUUGGCAUCCCCCCGUUUUCAUUAGAUAUUUUUUUUUAUUUUCAUAAUUAAAGGAUGGCCCUGCUUGGGCACUGCUGUCCGCAGCCAUACUGCACUGCGGUAGAAAUCGCCGCCGGCUUGCCAUGCAGUCACUAUGGUUACAGGCUCUGCAAUCGAGCUCCCGUACUGCAGGCCGAAUUAAUCGAUCACAGCCUCGGCGGCGGCGACUCUGUACAGCGGAUCCCUAAAAACGGAGUACUCGCCAAAGUGGCAGGGUGAAGAACAUCAUGUUGGGACUCGUCAAACUGCCAGUUAAGGUGAAGGCAGAGAUCGACUUGGUGUUGGUCGCAGUGACGAUUUUGGGAAUUUGGACUAGGCUCUCGGGAAUCCAUUUUCCCAAUGCCGCUGUGUUUGAUGAGGUCUAUUACGGGCAGUUCGUGUCCCUGUACAUGAAGCACGUCUUCUUCAUCGAUGACAGUGGCCCCCCUUUUGGCCACAUGAUUCUGGCUUUAGGAGCGUAUCUUGGAGGAUUUGAUGGAAACUUUGUGUGGAACAGAAUCGGGGCAGCUGUGGUCAGGGCCCCCUCUGCUCCAGCUCUCAGCAGCUCGCCCCCAGAGUGUGUUGUGUUCUGGAGGAGGCCUGCUGGCCAUGACUGUGUCUUGUGUUCAGAGUACUCCAGGAACGUGCCGGCGUGGAGCCUGCGGGUGGUACCAGCCGUGGCCGGGGCGCUCUCGGUGCCUCUGGGGUACCUGCUGGUGGUGGAGCUGGGCUGCUCCCACGUCGCCGCCCUGGUGGCAGCUCUCCUGCUCCUGACAGAAAACUCCCUUGUCGUCCAGUCCCGGUUCAUGCUGUUGGAGUCGGUCCUUGUGUUCUUCCUGCUGCUGGCCAUCGUGUCCUACCUGAAGUUCCACAAUGCUCACAGCUCCGGCUCCGGCAGCUCUGUGAGCACGUGGGCUUGGCUCUUCCUGUCUGGGGCAGCCUGUGCCUGCGCGGUAGGAGUGAAGUACAUGGGCCUCUUCACUUACCUGCUUCUGCUUCUGCUUGCGGGAGGACACACCUGGCAGGUCAUCGGAGACAGAAAGCUGGGGAACGCGACCGUGUUGUGCCAGGUGGUUGGCCGGGGCCUGGCCCUGGUGGUGCUCCCUGCCCUCCUCUACCUGGGCUUCUUCUACGCCCAGCUGAGCCUGCUGUACCGCAGCGGCCCACACGACCAGAUCAUGAGCAGUGCCUUCCAGGCCAGUUUAGAGGGCGGGCUGUCUCGGAUCACGCAAGGGCAGCCUCUGGAAGUGGCCUUCGGCUCUCAGGUCACCCUGCGCAAUGUCCUCAGCAAGCCCCUGCCCUGCUGGCUGCACUCCCACAAAGCCAACUACCCCAUCAGGUACGAGAAUGGCAGAGGCAGCUCCCAUCAGCAGCAAGUCACCUGCUACCCCUAUAAAGACAUCAAUAACUGGUGGAUCAUUAAGGACCCAGGGAGGCAGGAGCUGGUGGUGAGCAGCCCCCCGCGGCCGGUCAGACAUGGGGACAUUGUCCAGCUGGUGCACGGCAUGACCUCUCACCUCCUCAACACGCACGAUGUGGCUGCUCCCAUGAGCCCUCACUCACAGGAAGUGUCCUGUUACAUUGACUUCAACAUCUCCAUGCCUGCCCAGAACCUCUGGCGAGUGGACAUUGUGAACCGUGAGACGGAGCACGAGGUGUGGAAGACUAUCCUGUCGGAGGUCCGACUGGUCCACGUGAACACCACAGCAGUGCUGAAGCUGAGCGGAGUGUUGCUGCCCGAGUGGGGGUUCCGGCAGCUGGAGGUCGUCGGGGACAGGAUCUCGAGAGGACACCAGCAGAGCAUGGCCUGGACUGUGGAGGAACACCGCUAUGGAAGAAGUCGUGAACAGAAGGAGAGGGAGCUGGAGUUACACUCCCCAACGCAGAUUGACGUCAGCAGGAACCUCAGCUUCAUGUCCAAGUUCAUGGAGCUGCAGUGGAAGAUGUUGACACUGAAGAACGAGGAAUCGGAACAUAAAUACAGCUCCUCCCCUUUGGAAUGGAUCACCAUGGAUACCAACAUUGCGUACUGGCUCCACCCCUCCAGUAACGCUCAGAUCCACCUCAUCGGGAACAUCGUCACCUGGUCUUCUGCCAACCUGGGCCUCGUCGUGUUCGUGCUGCUGUUCCUCUGGUACCUGCUGAGGCGGCGGCGGAAGAUCGAGGAUAUUCCUCACGCUUCCUGGUGUCAGUGGACUCUGGCAGGGGCAGUGUGUGCAGGAGGCUGGGCGGCCAACUACCUGCCUUUCUUCAUGAUGGAGAAAACGCUCUUCCUGUACCACUACCUGCCUGCCCUCACCUUCAAAAUCCUCCUCCUCCCCAUAGUGCUCCAGCACCUGCACCACCACCUCCUCAGGUCCUCGCUGCACAGACGUGCUCUCGGUGGCCUGCUCCUGGCCUGGCUGUCCUCGGUGUACCUGGUGCACCGCCGCUUUUGCCCCCUUACCUACGGCCAGCCUGUCCUGUCCGCCGCCGAGCUGGGGGCCCUGCGCUGGAGGGACUCCUGGGACAUCCUGAUCCGCCAGCACUGACGGCCGACAGGUACUGCGACCCUGGGAGAGGGCGUGGACUGGAAACUGCGGGUGGAGAACGACAUUGUGGCCCUUGUCCCUCACACCAGUUAUACAUUGUGGACGUGCACAGGCCUCCUGCUGUCACCCAUGACUAUUUGCAUUUUGUCUGGGAGAGCCCUGUGCUGUAUUUCUAAUCUGGAUCGUCUUUUUUAUCACGUACCCACCCAAUCUGGAAUCUCCAAGGCUCGGCUAGCCCGGCAGGAGAGGAAGCUCCAGCUGCAAGUGUGACGUGUUGUUCACUCUGUCCCAGCGCCACCUGUCAGCGAGUUCCAGUCCCCAGUCCCAGUCCCAGUCCCCUAGUGGCAUGACCCAGGCUCAGUCCCGCAGCGUCCUGCGAACCAUGGGAGUACCUUCAUGGGCAAAUGCUCAGACCAGCUGCUUAACAUGAGUUAAGCUCACACAGGCCCUGUCCCUUACAUCAUACUGUAUCCACAAUAAUGUGCUUCUUUUUUAAAAUGGAGUACCCUUCUUCAAGCAAGGCUAAACGCGUAUUUCACCAUGGUGAGGCUGGAUCCUCAGGGUUCUAUGUGUGCUUCAUGUGCACACAGCAAUAAGUCUUAUGUUCUGCAUUAAAUGACAGUGUUUUAAAAAAGUGAAACUAAAACUCUUUGAGAGAAUAUCAUAAUUAGUAACUUUAUAUUAAAGUUAGCUAGAGUGUGAUGGCGUAAAAUGUUAUCUUUUAAGACAACCUUAAUAGCAACCUUAAUAAUUUCCUUAUAUUUGAAAAUGCAUUUUUAGUUUUAGACAUAUUUGUGAUGUCUAUCACAGUUGUACAUGAAUCAUUGUACAUAAAGAACGAUUAAAAUAUCAAAGUUGAAAUCACUGUA